CAUCUUUACACAUGUUAACACUGUAUAUUCAUCUUUACACAUGUUAACACUGUACAUUAAUCUUUACACAAGUUAACACUGUACAUUCGUCUUUGCACAUGCUAACACUGUACAUUAAUCUUUACACAAGUUAACACUGUACAUUCGUCUUUACACAAGUUAACACUGUACAUUCGUCUUUGCACAAGUUAACACUAUACAUUCAUCUUUACACAAGUUAACACUACAUUAAUCUUUACACAAGUUACCACUGUACAUUCGUCUUUACACAAGUUAACACUGUACAUUCGUCUUUGCACAAGUUAACACUGUACAUUAAUCUUUACACAAGUUAACACUGUACAUUCAUCUUUACACAAGUUAACACUGUACAUUCAUCUUUACACAAGUUAACAAUGUACUUUCAUCUUUAGAUAGGUAAACACUGUAAAUUCGUCUUUACACAAGUUAACACUGUACAUGAAUUUAUCUUUACACAGGUUAACACUGUACAUUCAUCUUUACACAAGUUAACACUGUACAUUCAUCUUUACACAAGUUAACACUGUACAUUAAUUCAUCCUUACACAAGUUAACAUUGUAUAUUCAUCUUUACACAAGUUAACAUUGUACAUUAAUUUUAACACAUGUUGACGCUAUACAUUCAUUUUAGAUGUGUUACACAGUGAAUUUAUCAACUGUACCUGCGUAACACCUUAUACUAGUAUACCUUUUUACUCUUCAAAUCUUUCUAUUACAAAGAAGGCAAACAUCUUAAUAUCCACACAAAAAUAGGAAACAGAAUGGUCGCCGACGCUGUGAUUGCUAUUAAUGUAUUCAAAUUGGAGUACAGAGGUGGUUAGAAAGAUAUCCACCUACUGACACCUAGUACACUUAUGUAGUGAGGCGUGAGGCCCGUUACUGAACACAUCGCCAAUACAACAUGGCAGGCUUCAUCACUGGCAAAUUUCUCUUCGGGAUUUUCGCCUUUCUUACCAUCCAAUUUGGUACAUGUUUGUCUAAGAUGUUAGAGGAAAACUUGAGAAUAUCAGCAUUCAACCUGAGGAUGUUUGGAGAUGCGAGAGCAGAAAAUACAGACGUUGUUGAAAUUCUCGCAAAGAUUAUCAGACGAUACGAUAUCAGUAUCUUACAAGAAAUACGAGAUAAAGACGGUUCGGCAUUCAAGCUGCUGAUGAAUGAAAUAAAUGGUAACACUGAUGAAUAUGCUAGCGACUUGAGUCAACGUCUGGGGACAAGCCACAUCAAGGAGGAGUACGCAGUGGUAUACAGGAAAGAUACUGUCCGUCUAGACGACACAUACCAGUACCCCGACCCAGACUACGAUUAUUUUGAGAGACCGCCGUUUUCUGUUAAGGUUCACCUGAAAACAGCCGAUGAAUUAGACGAGAUGGCAAUAAUUGCCAUCCACACUAAGCCCACCGAGGCCGUCGAGGAGAUUGAUAAACUCGUCGAUGUAUCUAAGAAUACAAGUGAUUACUGGAAUGGUUUAAAGAAUAUUCUAAUCGCCGGAGACUUAAACGCUGGCUGCAGUUAUGUGACAACUAAGGAAAUGAAGAUCAUUUCUCUCCGAAAGGACAAGCGAUAUAGCUGGCUUAUUGGCGAUGAUGUCGAUACUACGACUUCCGGUUCAGACUGUGCUUACGACAGAUUUGUGGCUUCUGGUGAUCAAUUGAAGGCUGCAAUAGUUCCAGGAAGUGCACGUGAAUUCAAGUUUGAGGAAGAAUACAAUUUAUCGGAAAAACAGAUGAAAGAAGUCAGUGAUCAUUAUCCCAUUGAACUUGAAAUCAGAGGGAGAG